CCGAGUCCGAGUCCAUUCGCCGGUCACCGAAGGAACCAACUGGUGUAGGGUCGGCUCUCCCUCUCAGCCGCCCUCCGCGCGAAAACGCCUCGACCGCGAUCCAGAUCCAGCCAACGGCACCUCAGGCGUCGGCGCCGGCGCCGGCGUCACCCCUCCCCCUGGACGCCACUGCCGUGGAGUGGAGAUCAUCCAUCUGGAAUUAGGUUGAUCGGUUCUUUUCUUGGUAGUGGGUAGCUGAUUGAGGUGGCGAGCACCGUAGAGCGAUGUUCUCCUUGUUCUAUGGUCUAUGGAAGCAUGUCUUCAGCAAGACAGAGUUCCAUGUCCUUAUCCUUGGAGUUCAUAAGGCUGGCAAGACGACCUUGCUAGAAAAAAUGAAGUCGAUCUACUUGAAGGUAGAAGGGCUUCCACACGAUCGUGUUAUUCCAACAGUUGGGCUUAAUAUUGGACGGAUUGAAGAUGCAAAUGUUAAACUUGUUUUCUGGGAUCUGGGAGGUCAGCCUGGACUACGAACAAUAUGGGAGAAAUACUAUGAAGAGGCUCAUGCUAUAAUAUAUGUUAUCGACUCUGCUGCUGCAUCAUCAUUUGAAGAUGCCAAAUCUGCUCUUGAGAAAGUUCUUCGUCACGAGGAUCUGCAAGGAGCGCCACUACUCAUAUUUGCAAACAAGCAGGAUUCACCAGCAGCUGUCACAGAGGAAGAAUUGGCUAGACACCUGCAUCUUAAAGAGUUAGACGAGAGGCCACACAUGUUCCUUGCUGGAUCUGCCUAUGAUGGGAGCGGGAUCAAACUUGGUGUAGACUGGUUGGUAGAAGAAACGGAGAGGAGUAAACGCACCAAGGCACUGAGGGCACGUACAGAAGCAGCUGGGAAGAUUUAGCACCUUAACCCAGGCAUUUGAGGACCUUAACAUGGUGUAGACAUGUGAUUAUCCGGAGUGCAAAGCAUUUGAGGAUGGCUCAUAUUAAUUCCGGGAAUAUAUAUGCCUGCCCCUUCUCAUGGUGGAGCCUCAUUCUUUCAAUCAGCCCCAGACUGCUCGUACAAGGUCCGUUGUAGCAAUGGUAGAGGCGACUAUUCCUUCAGUUCACUGAUCUGCAAUGCACAUAAAAGUGUAUCUAUGGAUCUAAAGAUGUAGGGGUUUGUGUUCAUAUGAUUGUUAUUUUCGAUAUAAUGAAAGCGACAGUGUGGAGCACAAAGAAGUUUUGUACAUUUGUCAUGUUAACUAAAGAAAGAGAUAGUUGCAUUGUACUUUAAUCA